GUCGCCUCCUCUACUCUUUUUCCUGUCAUUAUCAGGAAGUAUCUUCUGUGGGACAUCUCAGCUGCCACUUCUGUGCCACGUGGCACACUUCAUUCGUCACUCAGUGUACUCACUGUCUCUCUUCUCUUCUCCCACCUCUCUAGUAAAAACUCUGCUUCAUUUUCUUCAUUCACAAGUUGCUUAUGUAUGCAUCCACUGUCCUUACUGUUACUGUGUUCUUCCAUUUCUGUAACAGAUACAUCGCUUGACAUUCCUUUUGUUGCUCUGAUCUUAGAAGGAAACAUUACUGUUUCUUGCCUUUUCCUGUUUCCUGUUCUUUCUUUUUAUUUGUUUUGUGUCUUUAUAGAACCAAAGAAAAAAGAAAAGAAACAGAACGGAAAAAAGAAAAGAGAAAGAGAUCAACUUUUCUAUAUUUAGACCCAAAAAAGUCUCUUGGUUAAUCUUGUUUUUAGGAACUACCCAGAUCCGGAUUUCUCUCUCUCUCUCUCUGUUUUGUUUCUGUUCUUCUCUCUGUAGCUGUCUCUCCUUUGUUUCAUGACUCACAUUUGCUUAUUCCAAUCCCAAAAAGGUAUUCUCUUUUUUUCUUGGUUAGUUUUUUGCGUUGGUUUUGUGAGUUGCUGACCAACUUCAAAUUUUCUGGCCUUUAGCAGAAUUUACAAACAGAAAAUUCGUUGCUCUUAAAACGUUAACCUAAUGCGUUAUUUAUUAUCGUCUGCAUCACAUUUUAGAGUUCUUGAUUUAGUUUUGUUUUUAGCAAUUUAUUUGUCUUUCCAUUGGUGUAUCUUCCUAAUUGGGGAUCUGGGUUCUUGUUAAUUUAGCAAACAGCCGCAUUUUUUUGGAUUAUGUUGUUUUUGUCAGUGUUCUUUAAUUUGGGGAUCUGGAUUCUAGUAAAUUCUCAGAACAGAUUUAUGGGAUUGCUUAAAUUGUCAGAUUUUUACCUUUCUUGUUAGCUUUUCAUCAUUGAUUUACUUUGAUUUGGAGAUCUGGACCUUUUUUUUUUUUUUUAAAUCUAUCCUUACGUAUACCCAAAGUCAAGAAUUGGAACUUUCAAGUAGUGCACUGAUGGAUUGGAGAUAAAGUGGGAGAAGAGAAGAUAGCAACAUUUUGUUUGAUGAUUUUUGGGGUUUAGUGGUUGAAAGAACUGAGGCCAAUAAAACCAAUCAUCCUGUUGACACUAAGAGAACUGUGGAUUAGAAUUAUGGGCUGCAUUUGCUCGAAAGGAACUCGAGCAAAUGACUAUGUACAAAACAAUGCCCCAAGCAAAGAAACAACUAAAUCUAGCAAACGUUCAGUCUCUUCUUCCAAAAGAGAUGAAGCUGUAGUAGAGGUGGAAGGCAGUGGCAAUGAUGCCACUGCAGGUCUUAUAUCAAACCAACCCAGAAAUAACAAUGGGGGCUCUACCUCUGUAUCAUCUGAUGAGGAUAAGAAAAAAUCUACAAACGCUAGUGAUCAGAAGGUAUCUAGGCUAUUGAGUUUGACCAAUGGGGAAAAAGGAGCACAAGUUAUUGCUGGUUGGCCUUCUUGGUUGACUGCUGUGGCUGGAGAAGCCAUCAAUGGAUGGGUGCCUCGAAGGGCAGAUUCAUUUGAGAAGUUGGAUAAGGUUGGACAAGGAACUUACAGCAGUGUGUACAAAGCCCGUGAUCUUGACACAAACAAACUUGUCGCAUUGAAGAAGGUCCGGUUUGCUAACAUGGAUCCAGAAAGUGUACGUUUUAUGGCAAGGGAAAUCAUAAUUUUGCGUAGGCUUGAUCACCCGAAUGUCAUGAAACUUGAAGGAAUAAUUACUUCGAAGAUGUCUGGUAGUUUAUACCUUAUAUUUGAAUACAUGGAGCAUGAUCUUGCUGGGCUUUUGGCAACACCAGGGGUUAAGUUCACUGAAGCACAGGUUAAAUGUUAUAUGCAACAACUGCUUCGCGGACUUGAACACUGCCACAGUCGUGGAGUUUUGCACCGUGACAUCAAAGGGUCAAAUCUUCUGAUUGAUCUAAAUGGCAAUCUCAAGAUUGGUGAUUUUGGGUUGGCAACCUUUUUCUCUCCUCAGAAGCAGCCUCUGACAAGUCGUGUAGUAACAUUAUGGUACAGGCCCCCUGAGCUCUUGCUUGGUGCCACAAGUUAUGGUGUUGCUGUGGAUCUUUGGAGCACUGGUUGCAUUUUAGCAGAAUUGUUUGCUGGGAAGCCUAUUAUGCCUGGAAGAACAGAGGUGGAGCAACUGCAUAAAAUCUUCAAACUCUGUGGCUCACCAUCUGAAGAGUAUUGGAAGAGAUCAAAACUACGGCAUGCAACCAUUUUUAAACCUCAACAACCUUAUAAGCGUUGUGUUGCUGAUACAUACAAGGACUUUCCUUCAACUGCUUUGGCCCUUUUGGAUGUCCUCCUCGCAAUAGAACCCGAGGACCGUGGAACAGCUUCUUCAGCACUUGGUAGUGAGUUCUUCACAACAAACCCCCUUCCCUGUGAUCCUUCAAGUUUGCCCAAGAACCUACCAACCAAGGAGUUCGAUAUAAAAGUUCGGGAUGACGAUGCAAGAAGGCGUAGAGGUAAAGGGCGUGUACAUGAAACAACUAGAAAGAAUUUUAGAGGAUCUAGGGCUAUUCCAGCACCAGAUGCCAAUGCAGAGUUGCCAGCAUCCAUACAGAAGCGAAAAGGGCAGUCUAAACCUAAAAGCAUCAGUGAACAGUACAAUCCCCAAGAAGAUGGUUCUGACUUACCUGUUGAGCCUCCUGAAGGAACAGCAAAACAUGUCUACUCCCAUUCAGGGCAGUCCAUGCAUCCUACAAACUUUGGAUCGUCACGUGGUAUGAAUGUUAAUGAAAGUGAGACUCUUGGAGCUCCCAGCCAAGCAUUUGUUUCUCCUAGGAAUACCGAAGAGCCAAGAACUCAGAGAUCUUUCAUUCAUCGGGGAGCAGCCCAUUUGUCCAGAUUUUCUAAUUCUGUUGCAGUUAGAGGCAGUUCACAAUUGGAUAGCAGCUGUGCAACUACAGUGAAUCCACACUGGAAAGAGGAUCGUUUUGAUCCACGAUAUAACCACCUGGAUGAUUCCUCCCACCAUUUACUGAGUAGGCCAAAGUUCUCAAACAAGGAGGGUCGGCCAUCUGGUUUAGAGUCUGCAACGGGUUACUUUCAAAAGAAAGGUCAGAUGCAUUACUCCGGACCAUUGAUGACUGCAGGAGGAAACAUUGAUGAGAUGCUCAAACAGCACGAGAAACAAAUCCAGGAAGCUGUCCGCAAAGCACGUUCAGACAAGACCAAGACCAAUACCAAUAAAGCCUACAGUGAAGUUGGACAAACAGAAUCACUACUACACCAUGUAAAAAAUGGCAGGUGACAGUUGGAGUUGAAAGAUGCAUCAUGCAUCCUUUAUUGAAGCACCAGAGCACCAGUGCAGAAAAGCAUAAUUAUCAGGUAUUCCCGUUUGGAAUCUGACAAAUCUCAACACUGCACGAGACUUAACGAUUAUUGAGCUUCUAUGGGGAUCAACCCAUCAGAUAGUUAUCUGUCAUCACAAUGAGGUUCAAGUUAUAAAAAUGCUGUAGAUAAUUCAGAAAUGUGAUUAGUUGGAAAGCCAAUUGAAUCCACCACAGCAAAUUAUUUGACUCCAAAGGGAGAAUCUCUCUUUGCUUUUUGGCAUUGUUCAGUUUGAAAGUUAUAUUUUGUACAGCUGAAAUCUGUAUGUUGUUUUCUUCUUCCAAUAAAUUUUCUCAUUUAGUGUACAA